AUGUUUUCCCCUCGCAUUCAAAUUGGGGUUUCGGGAACCCCAACCUCGUCGGCAGCACCAACACCGUAUCAGAGUGAAACUAAUGACGAAAGUAGUGAAGAAGAAUUCGCGAGCAGUGAUGAAGAGGAAGCAGACCUUGAUUCAAAGGUUCAAAACAAUGGUGUGUCCUCGACUUGCCUCAAGAACAUUCAGGAUCAUGAAUCGAUGGAAUUUCCAAUCAAUGGAGAAUGCACCUCUCUUUCGCUUUCGUCCAGCGGCAACUUUUUAUGGGCCGGAUUUUCCGAUGGAACCUUGAGGGUCUUUGACUUGACGGGCAACUUUGGACUCGAAACGGACGCUGCGGUGGCCUCUCGCCAAAAGUCUAGCCUUCUGGUAGCCUCCAAGUGGUGUCAGACCUACGGAGCCGUGGCCUGUCAAAUUCAUGCCCGAGGAGUCCACACGGAUCUCAUCACGCAAGUGGGAGUCUGCGACGAUUACGUCUUUUGUGGAGUCUCGCGAGGAGCCAUGGAAUUGUAUGCUGUGGACUUUCGGGAUCUGGAAGCCAGUGCGAAAGGCCGUGUCACCAAGAAGGAAAAUAUUUUGGAUUACCUUCAUGUGCACGAAAAGGCAGACGCCAAGUUGAAGGGAUUUGGGGCCUGUACCAGACUCAAGAAUGCGGCAAGGCCAACUUAUUUGCUAUUGACUGGAAAGGGAAUCAAGAACAUUCAUAUUUGGAGCUUUCAACCACCUUUGACCACACAAGAAGAGGAAGAACCCAUUUGGAGCCAGCUGUACGAUACUCAGACCAAUGGAAAUACUAUUAAUCUCCUAGGCUUCUAUCGACCUCCCGCACAAAACAAGCUAUUGGGAGUGUCCCAGUCGGAUUCUCAAAAGUUGCGACUGUGGGACUUGUCGUCCGAAGAAGGCAACCCAGAUGAAACCAAGGAACGUGCCAAGCGUCCACCCUACGUCGAUGUGGCCAAUUCCAAAGCUGCCUUGGGUCUAGCGGCUGGUGGAUUUUGCGUCUGUGGAGGACCCACCAUGUACAAUCAACUGUCAAUCGUCAGUUUGGACCAACCCAAGAAUGCCUACAAUCACACCGAAUUGGCACUUCCUGCUGGAGACGGCGUUGCCGACGAUGCUGGUGGUUCCCGAAGAUCUUCCUCGCGCCGCCAACGCCGCGGAGACUUGAAGCAAGUGGCCAAUGUGGCCAGUCCACCCGAAGGCGAUGCCAAUGCUGGACACGUCUUGUUGGAACUGGACGACGGAACCAUUGUACAAUACACCAUGUCCAAUACCAUGGCAUCCGACGGCAAGUUGCAAAUCUUGCAGUCACCCACCGUCCCGGCCUUGCCCGACGACUACUGGAAGCGCACCAUUUGUCUGGCUUCUUCCAGGCAUCAUAAGGGAGCAUUGAUGGUGGCCAUGUCCUUGUACAAUCCGAAUACUCAACGAGGAAAGUUGGUCUUGCGCAAGUUGCCGGGUACCGAGCAAGACACGGCAUCCUCCAAGGAACUGGCUGCCGCAUCCUCCAAAACCGUGCUUCAAACUCCUCCUCCGAGGCACUCCACAGUUUCACAACCAAAGCCACCUGUCAAUGCUGCCAGCAAGGCCUCGCCCGAAACAGAUCUUGCGGCCAUCAAAACGCUAUGCAUGGCUCCUCCGGCUACCAAAAAGUCCAAGUCGAGCAAGAGUGAUGCCGAACGAAUCAAAUCCAAGAAGGAAAGGAAGAAGAAACGAAAGCAGGAAAAGCUAGAAAGAGAACUACUACAGAAUCGGCGGUCCGAUUCUGAGCUCUGCGUGGUGGAAUCAUUCAAGAAGCUAAAAAUGGCGGAAUCCAAACGAUCUCUGAACUUGGAAGCGGAUACAUUGUGGAAACCAAAAGACAAGAUCAAAAAGAAAAAGCAGGUGGUUCCAGAAAUGAUGACUCCAGCACGGGAAUCCUCCAAGGAUGUCUCAAAUUCUUACUCGAGUGCCGAACGGAUACUCGUAAAGAAAGUCAAGGUGAUUCCAUUGUCUGGAGAAAAGAAGGUAAAAAAGACUGUAUCGGCUGGUUCUUCUCCGACCAACAGUGUUAGCAUUUCCUCUCCUCCAACAGAGUCGGACAACUCGAAGAAUGGUGAUGACUUCUUUGAGACUCCCGCCAAGAAGAAUCCAAAUUCACUAUCAUCAUCCACAGCGACUGAUUCCAACAGCGCGGAUACCAAGGCAGCUUCCCUAACAACACAAGUGUCACCAGAUUCUUCCGUGAUCCAAAUCAAGCCAGCCAAGACCAAGACAACCGGAGAAAUGGAUCGGUUUGUGGUCUCACAGAAGCAAUUGAAAAUGCCGCAACCGCCCAAGAAGGAGCGAUCCAAGAACAAACCACCCAAACUGACCAAGGAGCAAAAGGAUAGACAAGAGCAACUCAAAGUUACAUCAGUUCCACGAAAGUCAAGGCCCAACGACGAGACUAUUGCAGAAGAGGUUGAGAAGGAGCCUGUUGAUGAGACUAACACUCCUGAUGGAGCGGAGAUAAUGCUGGAAGAGGUCCAUGAAGAAGAAGUGUCUCCAGAAACUACUACUAAAUCAACAUCCAAGAAAAAGCGCCCACGAUUUGUUCCAACGGUCAGCACCGAUGAUGUGGAAAGCAGAAAGCGCAAGGCUGCUCCUGAACCGGAACCAAAGACCCCGCCGUCCAAGAAGAAAUUUUCGGCCGAGGACUCGCCACCAACGCGCGAAGACAUGCAUGCCGUCCGGGUAAAGGCCGAGUACAAGCGUAUUCAGGACCUGAUUGCCCAUCUGCCCGCUUUUGUCCCAGUUCUUCUUCGCCAAGAAGAAGCACCCAAGACACCGGCCAAGAGCAUCACGGAGAACCAAGAAAGACAAAGAUCAAAGUUGGAAUCCAAACAUCGUGCGGCUCAUGAAAUGAUCCAGAGACGAAUGCUCCGUGCAGCCGAGUCGAUAAUACGAAAUGCUGUCGAUUUCCAUCUUACCGUGGAGCAAGCCCGAAACGAAUUGAAAGGAACAGUUCAGUCGUAUCAAGAAGUGGUCCACGAGACGCUUCAACGGCACAAGUUGGAAUCUCAAACUUUGGUGGCACAACAAAAGCGAGCCCGUGGUGGGCUAGACGUCCCCUGUGUCCAGGUUCACUUUCCUUUCCAAUCCACAUUUUCGGAUCUAGAAGAUGCUCGCCGAGCCAUUGAAGCUCCCCGCCGACUGCCUGGUCGACCCCGAACUGCUUAA